GCUUAUUAGCUCUGAUGGCUAUAGCAGCUAUGGUUGCCGCUGACGACGGUCACUCACACAUCCACAUCUCCAAGCACGAAGGUCACCACCAGCCCGUGGAAAUAAAGGACAAACAUGGACAUCACCACGUGGACUACUAUACGCAUCCCAAAUACAAGUUCGAGUAUGAAGUGAAGAGUCACCACACUGGUGAUGACAAGUCUCAUCAUGAGCACCGCGAUGGUGACAGCGUCAAAGGAGAGUACUCCCUGCAUGAACCUGAUGGUUCUACCAGACAUAUUCACUACCAUGCUGAUAAGCAUACUGGUUUCCAUGCUGAUGUGAAGCACAGCGUCCACCAUUUAGUACCAGAUAAACACCAUCAUUAA